AUGGCGGACUCAAAAUACUCAUCCGUCGCUGAGACGAAACAAAUCUUGGAUCUCGUCCUGAGUUCCGUCCAGAUACCAGCAGAGGCAGAAAAGAUCUCAAAGGCUGUGCAGUUUUCGGCGACCCGCGACUUGCCCUAUUUCCCGAUUCCAUUCAAAGAAACGGAGUUGGCCUCAGCUCUGAAGGCUAUUGAAGGUGGUGUAGCAGGGGCCCUUGCAGCCACCAAGGAUGGCGUCGCCUCCGGCAAGAAGGUGUCUGUGAGCUUGGAGAAAAGCACCGCGUUCCUGAUUCAGGCGUAUUUGGCAACCGUUGGAGGAUAUGGCAAACUCGAUAAAGAAGUGAAGCAGUUUUUAAAAGAUACGGAUUUGCUUCAGGCACAGUCAGAUCCUUAUCGCCGCAUGUCGGCGAAUUUGUAUGAGACAAAGCAGCCGGGUGAGUACUACCACAUUCAUGGAUCUCUUGAAGCAUCGACAACGCUCGGCAUGAUCGGUCUUGAGGCAUUUAGGCCAGACUUGAAAGAUCAUAGUGCUAUUGUUGAGGCGAUAGAGUCUCAUGUGAAGCAAUUUUCGGUCGAUGAACUUGAGCGGAUGAACGCCGAUAAGCGCCAAGCUGGAGUGCCUGUUCUCAAGCAUGAGGAUUUUAUCAAGACGCCUCAUGGCAAAACUAACACCACACUUCCUCCGUGGAGCGUGGACAGUCUUGAGACUUCAACACCGCCAGCACCUUUGCCGACUACAUCUGACAAGCGGGUACUGUCGGGUGUCAAGGUCCUCGAGCUGUGCCGCAUCAUCGCAGGACCCGUCAUAGGACGCAUCCUCGCAGAGUACGGCGCGGAUGUUCUGAAGAUUACUAGCCCGAACCUUAGCGAUGUCCCGUUCUUCCAAGUAGAUGGCAACAUGGGCAAGCACGCCGCGGAUCUCGACCUCAAGACUGAGGAGGGGAGAAAGCACUUUGAGACGCUGCUGGCCGAGGCGGAUGUUGUGCUGGAUGGUUACCGCCCUGGUGCCCUGGAGAAGCUGGGGUACGGCGCGACUGCGUUGACAAAGCUGGCCAAGGAGCGUGGAAAGGGGUUCGUGUACGUGAAUGAGAACUGCUUUGGGUACCAAGGGGAGUGGUGCCAGCGGCCCGGCUGGCAGCAGAUUGCCGAUUGUGUGAGUGGUGUGGCGUGGGCGCAGGGUCAGUUCAUGGGGCUUGACGAGCCCGUCGUGCCUCCGUUCCCGAUUUCCGACUACGGAACGGGAUGCAUGGGCGCCAUCGCCGCUCUCACGGGUCUAUACAACAGAGCGACGCAGGGUGGCUCAUGGCACGGCAAGGCAUCGCUCUUGCAGUAUGAUCUCCUUCUCAUCAAGGCCGGAAAAUACCCAGAGGACGUCCAGGAGGAACUGCGCAAGCUCGCGGGCGACGAUUUCCUUGCAUUGCGGCACAGUCACAGCGUCGAUCAGAUUUCUGGCACGGCGCUCAAGGCAAUGAAGGGGUAUGCGCCAGAACUGUUCAGCUCACCCAACGUUCGCGAGAAGUGGUACGCGAGGCGCUACAAGGCAGAGGUUGAGGCUGUGAGCCCCGUGGUUGAGAUUGAGGGCGUUGAGAUUGGGUUCAAGAGGGCUAGCAGGCCGAACGGCUCAGAUGAGGCGAGCUGGGAUUUUGGCCCAGAGGAGGAUCACCGCAUUGUUGCGCAGACAAAUGGGGUUAAGAAGGCGUGA